AUUAGUCCGACGCCCUACAGUAUUUCCGGAAAAAACACAAGCAAGGGUAUUUACAGCUUUCAUAUCACGUUUGUUAUUAAAAUACUACACAUCUUGGAGGUAAGAUAAUAUUUUUCUUAGCUAGUGCCAUUUGUACACGAUUUGUCUGGCUGUCAUCAUGUCACCAAAUGGGUUAACAAACUAAAUAGACAAGGCGACUAGCUAGCAUAGCUAGCUAACUUUGCUCUAUCCAUCGCGUGAUGACAAUACGAGUUGCCCUUGCGCUGUGGCACGUUCAAUUGAUUAUUUCAUAGAGGAUUUCAAAUGUUUUUGUGACUCUGACUUUAAUAUAUUUUCGAAACUAACCAAAGUAACGAUGUUUCUACUGUGCUGGAGAAAAACAAAAUGUAGCUCUGGUUGACACAAAGUUCAAACGCAUGCGCAUGGACCAGAGCUACUAAAAUAUAGCUCGGCUAACGUCUGCCAAGUUGUUGACAUGCUGUCAGAAAUACUUGAUAGCUAACUAACAGUGAUAGAAAGUUAUUGUUCACUGGCAUUAUUACUCACUGACAUUAUUGCUCUUCAAUGCCUCCCAUGUUUGACACUGUUUUACCGCUCGUUUUGCAGUGACAACAUACAGCAAUCGAGCAUGAACGUGAACCAGGGCCAGGGGACAGUGGGGAGUGACCCGGUGAUUCUGGCCACCGCUGGAUAUGACCACACAGUACGGUUCUGGCAGGCCCACAGCGGCAUCUGCACCAGGACAGUCCAGCACCAGGACUCUGUAUCCUUACCUUUGCCUGCUUCACACAAAUCUAUCAAGACAGACAUUUCUUGCUGGUUUUGCCUUUAUUUAGUUUCUAAGAUCCCAUGUCAUUGUUUGUUGUAACAACUUAGAAAGGUCUCCAACUCCAUGAUUGGAGAUCUUUUUAUGAACAUCCCCUAGUGAGCACAAAAAUACGUAUUUUGAUCCUAGUGACGUUAUUGGAUAAUCAUUAUAGCUUAGCUACCUUUAAUUAUUUUCUUAACCAAUACUUUCAGCAAGUGAACUCCCUCGAAGUUACUCCCGACAGAAGUAUGAUUGCUGCUGCAGGUUUGUGCAGAAAUAAAAUAUUCAAACCCAUACUCAUCAUAAUCAUUAACAUAGGACUUGACUGUGUAUCUUUUGUUCUAUUCCAAAGGUUAUCAACACAUCCGUAUGUAUGAUCUAAACUCCAACAACCCAAACCCGGUCAUAAACUAUGAUGGCGUCAGUAAGAACAUUACGUCAGUGGGCUUCCAUGAGGACGGCCGUUGGAUGUACACAGGAGGAGAGGACUGCAUGGCUCGCAUCUGGGACCUGAGGUACUGUUGAUAAUACGGCGAAUGUCGCUUCCUGCUGUGUGUCAGCCUGCCUGCUAUGGAAUUCUCACCAAGCUGAAUAUUGCUCUGGUCCUAGGUCAAGGAACCUGCAUUGCCAGAGGAUCUUUCAGGUCAAUGCUCCCAUCAACUGUGUGUGUCUUCAUCCCAACCAGGUAAAUCAGUGUCUCAAAAGCGAUUCAUGAAAUAUGCCACCACUAGAGGAAGCACUGUGACUGAUACAGUACUGUCAGAGUUGUACCAAAGUAUGAAGGCUAAAACUGCUUCUCCAAAAGAAAUCCCCGAUCACACUUGUAGGCAAUGUCAUGGCGACGUUGGCUAGCUAGGCUCAUGCGUAGAAACACGUCAUCGGGUCUAACGGUCGUCUCGCGCCAAACUGCGCAUGUGCAGGCAGUCAAAUCAAAGGCACUCCUUCGAUAUAAAGUUGUUUUGACGAAAACGGAAAAUGAAAAGGUGUCAGUUUGUCACUUUCAUGAGGUUGGAGUAAUAACAUGUUCAACUACUUAAGACAUUGGCUCAAAUCUAGGUUGUGCCUUUAGAUUUUGAGAAAGUUAACUAAGGAAUCAUUUUUCACUUCUCUCAUUGACUUCUCAAACCCCGGCCUGGUCUGUUUCGCAAGCGUUCCCGGAAGUCUUGCAAUGUUGUGCCUCUGAGUUUAGAAACUCUGUGGUUGUACUGUAACUGUUGAUAAACACCUAGGCUAAUCCUUGCCUUCUUUACAGCGGCAAUCAGCAUUUGAAACAAUAACAAAGCAUACUCCCUGCCACUGUUUCGGUAAAAAGCUGAGGGAUUGGGCUGGAGAAAUGUAACCACUCUCAAAUUCAUGGACAGAGCUAUGGAUGCAAGGACUGACUAUCAAUGAUAACAAAAUUAUAGUUUUAGCCAUGUUUUGAUCUACAGUGUUUGUUUACAUUUACAACUGCAGAUUGCCCCAUUUAAAUUCAGCUUAUUGUAUCUAAUUGAUUCUCAAUCAGGCUUGCGUAUUUUCCAGGCUGAAUUGAUCGUGGGGGACCAAAGCGGUGUGAUCCAUAUCUGGGAUCUGAAGACCGAUCACAACGAGCAGCUUAUUCCUGAACCAGAAGUGUCCAUCAACUCAGUCCACAUCGACCCUGACGCCAGCUACAUGGCAGCAGUCAAUAGCUCGGUCAGUAUGCUGAAAAAUCUAAUUGUAUUAUACUGGACACCCUAAUACAGGGGUGGGCAACUUUGAUGGGGGUGGGGGGCCAGAAAAAAAUCUGAACUCAUCACGAGGGGCGCAUCUGCGCACGCACAUCCAUACCUCCCUCUUGACAGCGGAGAUACAUUUUUUACGUUUUAGAGCAAAUUUCCUGAAAUUCUACACAUUUAGCCAUAGGGUAGAGAGAAAUGUUUGCAGUUUUUAGACAAACAAAAUCAAUGGGGGCCCCCCAGCCAGUAAUUCGGCCAUGAUAACAAGUUUAGAUAGCUGGCCGCUAAACUAAUUUAGCAAUCUAAUAAAUGUAAGCUGAAUUGGGCUAAUUGACUGACUAUCAGUGACUGACAUAGCAAGUGUGAAACUGCUGAUGCACAACCACAUUUUGAAAUUGCACCUUGUGUAGUCUCUAUUCUAACUCGCAACAGUAAGUUGAGACCCCGACUGAGGGCCUUCAAGAAUGGCGGGCCGCCAGUUGCCCAUCCCUGUUUUAGAGUUAAUUUCAUGCAAUUCUACACAUUUCCACAAUGAUACGUUUAGAUAGCUGGCCGCUAAACUAUACUGAACAAAAAUAUAAAUGCAACAUGCAACAAUUUCAAAGAUUCUACUGAGUUACAGUUCAUAGAAGGAAAUCAGUGAAUUUAAAUAAAUUCAUUAGGCCCUAAUAUAUGGAUUUCACAUGACUGGGCAGGGGCGCAGCCAUGGAUGGGCCUGGAAGGGCAAAGGCCCACCCACUGAGGUGCCAGGCCCAGCCAAUCAGAAUAUGUUUUUCCCCACAAGGGCUUUAUUACAGACAGAAAUACUCCUUAGUUUCAUCAGCUGUCCGGGUGGCUGGUCUCAGACAAUCCUGCAGGUGAAGAAGCUGGAUGUGGAGGUCCUGGGCUGGCGUGGUUACACGUGGUCUGUGGUUGUGAGGCUGGUUGGACGUACUGCCAAAUUCUCUAAAACAACAUUGAAGGCGGCUUAUGGUUCUUGAUAUGCCACACCUGUCAGGUGGAUGGAUUAUCUUGGCAAAGGAGAAAUGCUCACUAACAGGGAUGUAAGCAAAUUUGUGCACACCAUUUUAGAGAAAUAAGCUUUUUGUGCAUAUGGAAAAUUUCUGGGAUCUUUUUUAUUUCAGCUCAUAAAACAUGGGACCAACACUUUACAUGUUGCGUUUAUAUUUUGUUCAGUAUAAUUUAGCUAUAAAAAAAAAAAAAAGGCUAAUUGAGCUUCAAUUGUGAUCUCUGUCCAUCUCUCACAGGGAAACUGUUACGUGUGGAACCUGGCAGGAGGGAUGGGUGACGAGGUGACACAGCUCAUCCCCAAAACCAAGAUCCCUGCUCACAAGCGCUACUCUCUCCGCUGCAAAUUCAGCCCUGAUUCCACGUGAGUGCACCACACACAUAUUUUCUUAAAGAAUGUGUGCAUAAUCCAACAUUAACAAAUCAGAAGUAGGCAGCUUUGAUUGCAUGUCUUGUAUAGUUACUGUGUAUGUGACUUAACUGUGUCUUUUUCCCACAGACUGCUGGCGACCUGCUCGGCGGACCAGACGUGUAAGAUCUGGAGAACAUCUAACUUCUCUCUGAUGACGGAGCUGAGUAUCAAGAGUAACAACCCUGGAGAGACGUCCCGAGGUUGGAUGUGGGACUGUGUCUUCUCUGGAGACUCACAGUACAUUGUAACAGGUCAGUGUUCUAUUUCUUCCCUGUGUGUUUUAUUAUGCACGAUAACUAAAUGAUUUAUGUGUAUUUACACUUUAUCUAGCUCUGUUCCUGGAGAGCUACCGUCCUGGAGUUUUUCACUCCAACCCUAAUCUAGCGCACCCGAUUCUAAUAAUUAGCUGGUUGAUAAGCUGAAUCAGUUUAGUUACAACGGGGAUUUGAGCGAAAACCUACAGGAGUGUAGCUCUCCAGGAACAGGGGUGGAGAGCCCUGAUCUAGGGUAAGGGAUAGUUUUUGCGGUUGGAAAGUGACUGACUUCCAUCCUUUCUAGUGUGGCUAGAUUGUGAUGAUUAAUCCUGAGCCGUGACAUCAUGGAGCCUCAAACCCAUUAGUUAACUCACUUUUGGGCAGUUCUUACUUGUGCUCCAACGGAUCGAUCAGUGAAUGUGAUUUAUUUCCUUCCAGCCUCCUCUGACAACCUGGCACGGCUGUGGUGUGUGGAGACUGGUGAGAUCAAGAGGGAGUACAGCGGCCAUCAGAAAGCUGUGGUGUGUCUGGCCUUUAACGACAGCGUGCUGGGCUGAGGAGAUUGCAGCAGUGGAUAGAUGACUCCAGUGGAUGAGAAGGAGCUACACUACAGCGAAGCUCUGUGACUGUAUAUAAAUAUCCACACACCCGUCUGUGUCUGCUUCCACAAAAGCUUUUGAUUAUUUAUCAGGAGAAGAGAGAGGCUGUUUUUUUAUAUUUCUCAUAAGGACCACAUUUCAACAGACUGGGGAUACAAGGAGUUCCAUGGGCUUGUUUGUGUGUUAUAGCUUGGGCGAGGAGUUUCCUUACCAUGAAAAACUCUGGGCCAUAGCUAGAUUAAUGUAUUUAGGUUCAAUAGCUUAAUCAAAGGUGAAAAGUCUCAAAAGUGAGUCCACAUGUGACUGUACAGGAUAUGAGGAAUUCCAGUAAAGACUAACUGUUGUGUAACAUUUACUCUGUGGUGCUUUUGUCUUGAUUCUCUGUUAAUACAUCAUACCGGGAACUACCACAAAGAA